GGGCACGGCGGCGGUGGCGCACGGGAUGAAAGGAUGCAGAAUGGGGAAGGAGUAGCAGUCUCCCAAACCUUGUAACUACCAACUGAUCAUUUAAUUUGAUCAAGAGUCCUUCAGAGGAUUGAAGUUACUGGUGUGUAACUUCUCCCACCUUUUUUUUUCCUUUUAUAAAGAGAUUGGCCAGCCUGGCUGAGACCACUUAGCAAUGACAAAACAAAAACUCCUGCUUGACGGGACACUCUCCUUGUUGCUGAUCGCGGCCUGUGAAGCUCAGCAGCUCCCGAGGAGUCAUGCUGCUGCCAGUUCUGGUUCUCUGUGUGACAAGGAGGCAGACUCUUGGGGACACCUGUUCAGCAGCGAGCGGCUGGAUGCUUGGAUCUGUUCCCUCAUCGGUUCCUUCAUGGUGGGGCUGAGCGGGGUCUUCCCCUUGCUGGUGAUCCCCCUUGAGACAGGAGCUGCGCUGCGCUCUGAAGCUGGGUCACAGCGUUUGAAGCAGUUGUUGAGUUUUGCAAUUGGUGGACUACUGGGAAAUGUGUUUCUCCACCUGCUUCCUGAAGCCUGGGCCUACACGUGCAGUGCAACAACAGGAGAAGGGCAGAGCUUUCAGCAGCAGAAGCUUCUGGGUCUCUGGGUGAUCAUUGGUUUCCUGACCUUCCUGGUGCUAGAGAAGAUCUUCCUAGAGAAUGAGGAGGAGUAUCCUGGUGUGGACUGUGAUUCCAAAGCAUCGUCUGGAAAGAUUCCCAAUGGAAGUGGCUGCCCGCUGCCCAAGGGGUCCCAAAGAGCACGAGCUCAGUGUAAUGGCUCCUCUCUCCAGUCUGGUCCAAAAAACAACAGAAUCAAGAUUAGUGGAUACCUCAAUCUGCUGGCCAACACCAUUGAUAACUUCACACAUGGCCUGGCAGUAGCAGCCAGCUUCCUGGUUAGCAGAAAGGUUGGGUUCCUAACCACAAUGGCCAUUCUCCUGCAUGAAAUCCCACAUGAGGUUGGAGACUUCGCAAUCCUACUUCGGGCUGGCUUUGACCGCUGGAGUGCAGCCAAGAUGCAGCUUUCCACAGCUCUGGGGGGAAUUCUAGGAGCCUGCUUUGCAAUAUGUGCUCAGUCACCAAAAGGAGCAGGAGAAACAGUAGCUUGGAUCCUCCCUUUCACUUCUGGAGGAUUUCUGUACAUUGCCUUGGUAAAUGUUGUGCCUGAUCUCCUGGAGGAAAAGAAUCCUUGGAAUUCCCUGCAGCAAAUUCUGCUCCUGUGUACGGGCAUUACAGUCAUGGUGCUACUCGCGCUCACAACUGAGUAACCUCUGCGCAGACCUCAUGAUGCCUCCCAGAGCCACCACAGUGACUCUGAGCUUUACAAAGCAAUAAGGAACACUAAUGUUACUUCCCACGUGUGUGCGCGCAGAUCUGGCUGCUAGUAUGAGAAGCGGGUGACAGAGAGGUCUGGCUGUGCAAGACUUCGUUCCCUGGCUCUCCUAUCCCUGUUCUGCUAAGCUCCACACAUGAGGGCUUCUGUUCCUUUUCUGUUUGGUUGGUUUUUAUGGAGCAAAAGAUACACUGGGCAGAAAUGAACUGAACAACUGCUCCACUAUGAGUGAAUGAUGUUUCAUUCGGUUCAUUCUGAUGGAACUGCAUCUCCCAAGCUCUUGUGUGAAAACAGCAGAAGUGAUUCCUGUAGCUGAUGAAGAUAAAGGAUUUUUCCUACCACUUUAAGGGCUGGAGGCAGAACAGGCAUGACAAAGCUUUAGCCAGAACCCCCUAGCCAUGAGAAGUUGAUGGUGCUAUGAGAUAGAUGGGAAGAGACCCUUUCCAACUUGAUCUCCAGCUGUUCAUUGACACCGCUUUUUCCUAAAGGUAAUAUUGGCCUCAGCAGUCCAGCUCUUUUGGUCUAUUUUGUUUACAUUGAAAUUGAGCCAAAAGCUUGAGGCACUUUAGGGUAGGUCACUACAAUUAAAUGACUCAGCUUGGAGAUUACUUGCCUCAGCCCUAACCACUCCAGUAGCCAGCACAGCCCAACUGUUUAUCUGAUAAAUGAUCAGUAAAUGUUUCUUCAAUUGCCAACUACCAUGGAGGGAAAGCCAUGUAGCUGUUGUGACUGAGCUCCCUCUCCUCAUACCCAUUAGCUGAAUACGCUUCUGAGCCUGCUCAUGAGACCUGAUUCAUUCAUCUGCCCCACACCCUGUUUCAGAGCUUUCUUGAGGUGCAGCAUGUUAGACCUGCACAGCAUGCUACAGCACCCCUAGACUGUCAUGGCAGAGGUGCUUGAACACUACAGCCUGGUCAGCAACUGAUAACUCCUGGUUUGCUUUUCAUCUGUUCAGUGUAGCCUAUUUAAGAGCAUGCUGUAGAUGGCAGCCUAUUUCUGGGGUUCUUAUCUCACAGUGGAGUUCAUUUGUUGAGGAUGAAUGAAUAAGAAAUAAUGCUGACAGCUUUUAGAUGGGAAGGUUGAAACUGCUGCUGAAAAUAUUUUUAAGUAAGGUGAGAAAGGGAUAUGAAAGGGUGACAAUAAGUAUGCUUUAAGAGGAGUUUUCUGUUAUGUGAUGCUUGGGAUAAAAUCUUUGGCAAUUUGAAAAUUUAAAACCAGGUCUAAUUGAAUUAACAGUCACUGAACACAAAACAGGUGCCACAGUGUGAUUUACACCAACUUGGCUCAGCCUUAACAGCUUUUGUGAAACAGUACAGCUCUCCAGUCUGCCCAGGGCCUUACCAAGAGGACUCAUGCCUUGAGAGGGCGAUUUAGGUCAGAGCAGCAAGGCAGGUAUACUGCCCACAGGAGAGGCACUACUUCCCUAAGAGAUUCCUGAACUGUUGACACAGUUCUUUUUUAUGACAGCUCCUGUCCUACUUUUCAGUGAGUGCUGGAGAGCUCAUGCUUGCAGUUCUGUCUGCCCAGGAACUGCUGUCUGAAAUUUUUUCAGCUUUCCUUUCCCUGGACUUACAUUAGUAACUAGUUUCACUGCAACAAGGAGGGAGGCUUAGUGCAAUUGUUUAUGUGCCAGCUCCUCUCUCCAUCAUUCAGUUGUCGUGAGGUCUGAAGGUAGCAUCCAUUUCCUGCUUUCCUGGAAGGAUGAUUAAUCUAGUUAGCCUGCAGGGACUGGGGGAGUAUGCCAACCCUCUGGUUCUACCUUUGGGGGUUCCUUCUGCCCAGGGACUGCAGCUAAGCAGACCCUGUAACAGAGUUCUGGAGGAAGCAAGCUUGCACAGAAAGUUGUGCCUGCUGUUUCUCAAGAUGUCUUUCCCAAAAUAAGGCUGGCAUUUAAGUUGAGGCAUUGCCAGGUGAGUGCCCAUGAGUUGGCGUUGUUGCAUCAGCACUGAGCCUUGCCAAGACUCAAAACCAUAGUCAGGAUUUUAUACUCAGCGUUCAGGAAUGUGAAGUGGAUGACACUGAACAAAGAAUUUCUGAGCUGUUUUUCUUGGCUGCUGUCAUAGGCAUGGAUAGUCUGUGGUUCUUGGGAAGAUACCCGGGUAGGAGGUAGCAUGGGGCUUGUGGGAGGGAGGAGUUCAAUAGAUUUCUACUGCGUCAGCCCUGGGGCUGAGGAUUGAGAGCCUUGGGAGGAAAUGGAGCAUCACUCCACCACAUUUGUCACUUUUGGAAAUGCAGAGAGAAUUGUAUUUUCUAGCUCUAUUUUUUCAGCUGCUCUUAUGCAUUUUCUCCCUUCAUCUGUAUUGGUCUGCUCUGCAUGGAGACAAUAGAGAUGAAAUAAAUAGUUUUCCAUGUCA